AUAACGAGAAUUUGACGUGUUUUUACGAACAAUUUGGAUUUUUACAAAUCCAAUUUUCUGUAUUUUAGAAAUAAUAAUUCUCGAUAUUUAUUUGGUAAUUAGGACAAAUUAAAUGAUACUUAAAUACAAUAUGUUUCUUUAUCAUCAAUCAAUACUAUCAUUCGUUGAACAGGACUGAUUUUAAUUCAUUAAAAUAAAUUAUUACACUAUGUCUGGGUCCAAAAGAUACAGAUCUGGGUCCUCUUACUCAUCUUAUGUCCCUCCAGUUCCUGACCGAUGGUUAAAAUGUCCUCGAAAAUCAUUUACACCCAUUACUGAUAAAUUUGUGGCCUUUAAAACGCCAUUAGACAGUAAAUAUGAUGGACAAGUACCUAUUACCCAAAGAUUUAAUACUGAAAUGUUGUUUUCGUCAUUAUCAAAUAUGAAGAUAAGUUUAGGUUUAUGGAUUGAUUUAACUAAAACUAGUCGAUUUUAUGAUAAGUCUGAAGUUGAAAACAUGAACUGUGCAUAUGUCAAACUUCCUUGUGCUGGCCAUGAACAACCUCCAACACGUGAGCAAGCACAAUUAUUUAUUGAUAUUUGUUCAAAAUUUGUUGCCAAAAACCCUUUACAAAGUAUUGGAGUUCAUUGUACUCAUGGUUUCAACAGGACUGGUUUCAUGAUAGCUACCUAUUUAAUUGAAGUAUUAGAUUUUGAUGUCAAUAGUGCUUUAGCACAGUUUGCUGCAGCACGACCACCAGGUAUUUACAAACAAGAUUACAUAGUUGAAUUGUUUCAACGUUAUUCAGACGAAGAACCUAUAUUAGCUCCAGAAUUACCUGAUUGGUGUUUAGAAACUGAAGAAAAUACUUAUCAAUCUAAAAAUGAAUCUACAUCAAGAUACAAACGGGUACAUAAAGAUGAUCAUAAUUCAAAAGAUAAACAAGAUCAUGAGAAUCCUAAUAAGCGAUCAAGACGUGAAUUAAAUAAUAAAAAUCCAGUAUUUAUGGAAGGUGUUUCAGGUGUCACAGCUGUUUUAGAUCAACCUAAACUAAGUAAUAUUCAAAGAAAAGUUCAACAACUUUGUCAUUGGAAUAAGUCUGGAUUUCCGGGCUCCCAGCCAGUAUCUAUGGAUAUACAAAAUAUGAAAUUGUUACACACAAAACCAUAUAGAGUAACAUGGAAAGCUGAUGGUACUAGGUAUAUGAUGUUUAUUCAAGAAGAAAAUGAAGUUUAUUUUAUUGAUAGAGAUAACAGCGUAUUUGAAGUGGAUGAAUUAAAAUUUUUUCAUAGAAAAAAUCUUGAUCAUCAUUUAAAAGAUACACUUUUAGAUGGGGAAAUGAUAAUUGACAAAGUUGAUGACCAGAAUUUUCCUAGAUACCUUGUAUAUGAUGUUAUUGCAUUUGAGGGUUUUGAUAUUGGAGAACAGCCAUUUUAUCCCAACAGACUGAUGUUAAUUGAAGUAGAUAUCAUUAAACCAAGACAUCAAGCUAUUAUGUGUGGAAAGUUAGAUAAAACACGUGAAACAUUUAGUGUUCGAUUAAAACAAUUUUAUGAUAUUACUGCUUCAGAUAAACUACUAGGGAAUUUUAGUAAAAAUUUGUCUCAUGAGCCCGAUGGCCUCAUAUUUCAACCAUCAACUGAUCCAUAUGUAGCUGGUACUUGUCCAGAAGUUUUGAAAUGGAAACCAUUAGAACUUAAUUCUGUUGAUUUUAGGCUUAAAAUUGUUACUGAAGGAGGAACUGGAAUGCUAGACUCCAAAACUGGUUAUUUGUAUGUUGGUGGUAAAAAUGAUCCUUUUGCUAGAAUAAAAUAUACUAAGGAAAUAAAAAACAUGGAUGGUAAAAUUAUUGAAUGUAAAUUUGAAAAUGGUUGUUGGAAAUUUAUGCGUGAACGUACAGACAAAUCAUUUCCAAAUGCACUUAAGACUGCUCUAGCAAUUUGUCAUAGUAUUGAACAACCUGUAACUAAAGAAAUACUUUUAAAAUACAUCCAAAAUGUACCAAGAUUCUGAUAACUUAUAUAAUUAUAGUUAUUUUAAGGCUGUAUAUUUUUAAUAAUUUUAUUUGUAUUAUUAUUUUUUCUUUAUAAUAAUUAAUAAUUGUAUUUUCAACACUCAUUGUGUAUUACUGUGUAAUAAUGAUUGUACACAUAUUGACCUGUUUAAAUAAAAUUUAAAAUGUGAA